UGUUGUCAUUUGCGGAUAGUAUCGGCGAAAAAAUACAAAUCGAGUGCACAAAAUGUUGUCCACAUACAAGUAAUACUAAGACUAAGAGCAAGUAACAUGGACGACAAUAUUGGAGCCUUGUUUGAGGAUUUUGAAGCCGACCGGGAACCCGAACAUGCAUUCAUUCGGAAGAUAGACGGCAGUGGAAAAAAACACAAGACGCGAUACUGCGAAGGACUUGACAAUGACAGCGCCAGCGCCAGCGAAACCGCGAAACAGCGAAACUCCUCAGCAGACUCAGGCGACGAAGACAGCUCGCCCCCCCUCGAUACAAGCGUAGAGUUUUUAGAGCGCGUUUCCGGGGUCAAAGCUGAGGCCAUCACCAUAAAUUUGGUAACGCCUGUCCGGAGAAGGAAUCGCUGCGAUGACCUCACCGAACCGCCGGUGGCGUCCCCCGACGGCCCGACGGUGCAAUGCGACGUAGCGGAAGCGGCGCCGGCACGCACGACGGCUCGCGACGAAUCCUUCGCUUGUCCGAAUGCCAGCAAGUUGCCGUCUCAGUCUGAUCGUCUUCCCAUGGAGAGUGAUUCCGGGGCGGAAGGAAGCGUGUCGGAAAUCGACAAUCCGUGCGUGUCCGGCUCACUGAAUGGCAACUCCGCUUCGGCCGUCUCGUCUUCGACGGCAGAUAGAGGGCUCGCGAGAACACGGAACUACGGCUGCGAGACGGAAGCAGAGGGCAGCACUCAAGUCGAAGUGCUGAAGCGUAAAUUGCGAGCAUGCGUUUCGGAGCUAGAGACAACGCGCAAAGAGAAUGAAAGACUGACUCAAUUAACACGACACAUCGAAAUGCCAAGAACUCUAGGAAAGAACGAAGAGGGACCAGUUUUUCAGGUUUUAUUUAUGAACAACUUCAAUGCCAAUAAUUACAGACACGAGGUCGAGGCACUGCUUGGAGAUUUGAUGCGGCGUGACACGACCGUUAUCUCCCCUGUCAUGGCGGUCAAUGACGAGUCUAAGAAGGUUUCCUACACGGAUGUUUGCCACGAGCGUGGGAAGCUGCAUGACAUGAGUGCUGUGUUGGGUUGUCUGCAGAUUUUUCGUCAGUACUCAAUCGAUAUGAGUGGUCACAUCACUGGCUCCACCGUCCCCUCAUACGAUCGAGCCGUGGAUGGUUUCAUCCCUCCCACGGAGGAGGAGAACGAGGAAGGGUUGACGCCCAAGCCAAAGCAAGGGAAGUCACGACGGCAGUGCUUUAACUGCGGCGGCGACCACAACCUUUAUGAGUGCGUCGAGGCGAAAGACUUUGCGGCGAUACGCAGGAACAAGGCGGAGUUUCUCAACAGACAGUCAUCGAGUCAACUGAAGUCACGACGGCAGUGUUUUAACUGCGGCGGCGACCACAACCUUUAUGAGUGCGUCGAGGCGAAAGACUUUGCGGCGAUACGCAGGAACAAGGCGGAGUUUCUCAACAGACAGUCGAAGUCGGACGACCCUGCGAUCUCGGUUCACAGCUUCACUCACCCUCUCCCUCCCUCCGCGAGACCGCGCAGCCCAGGGGGCGCCACCAGGAGCGGCAAGAGCACGCCCGCCUCCAGUCUACCGUCGACGGGGCCGGGCACCCCUACAGGGGGCGCCGGCGGCAGCACGCCCGCGAGUCCGGCGCCGGACCUGGAGGGACUGGAGGAGCAGCGGAUGCUGCUGCUGCGACAGCUAGCGGAGGAAGCCAGCUCCGUCGUCGGCAGCGGCGACGACGGCGACGCGUCGUCCGACUGGAUCGUCACGAGCCUCGACGAGGGAGAGUCGGACGACGGCCGCGCGGGGGAGCCACCGGUCACCCCCGUCAGCUCGCGCUCGAUCGCCGUGGAGCUGGGCACGCCGGCGGUGAGGCACUCGCCCGCCGCGCGGUUGCCGACGGCGACGGAGUUUGCACGCGGCAUCUCGGAGCACCUGCCUCAUGAGAAUCUUCCGGGAGCGACGGGGACAUUCGGUCGUCUGCGCGAGGUGCUGGGAACAAUACGCAGCAAGUUCCGCCGCCCGUGAUGCACGCCACCUGGUGGGCGUUCUGCCGCCUGUGAUGCACGCCACCUGGCGGGCGUUCCGCCGCCCGUGAUGUGCGCCAGCUGGUGGAUGUUCCGCCGCCCGUGAUGUGCGCCACCUGGUGGGCGUUUUGCCGCUUGGUCGCCGUGAUGAGCGCCAUCUAGCGAGGAGUUGCUGUGUCGGCAAUUUUAGCCGUGAGUUCUGUGGGUGGCCAUGACAAGAGCGCCACCUGGUGGUGAGAUCGUCGCUGACGAGUUUCGCAGUAAGUUCAGCUAGCGGCUGCGUUGCUGACGGUGUAGCUAUGAGCGCCUCCUGGUGGCAAAUGAGAUGAGCUAGUGUUGGGAAGGUUUGUCACGGUAAGUAGUGAACCGAGCAGCCAUGUUUCUUUGUGCAUAACGACAAUUUUUUCAUAGCCUUUUAAAAAAAAAUUGGUUCCAGGUGAGUUGUCAUCAGUGUGAUUCAGGAAGAAUGCAUUGUGACUUUUCCCCCGUGUUAACGAGCGAUUAAUUAAUAAACGAUGAUUGAUGCUGACCAUGUUUUCUACUACACUGAACAAUGUCCGACGCAUUUUUCUAAAACGUUUUUUCACUGCUGAAUUGAAUGUGAAGAUCGCCCCCCCCCUCCCCCCACCGUCUUAUUUUAAUCGGAAAUAAAAUUUUGUCUUCGCUGAGGAUGAAGAGGCUUGCUGUAGCGUGAAGCUAUAAAAGACACAUUAAGCUCAAAUUAAACAAGUCAGCAGCUGAUAAAAAGAAUUCAAGUCCUUAGGACUUGUAACGGCUCGAAGUGAAACUUGCAUAUCUCGGCGCCUCGGCAUCUAAGCAAAAAUAUUGAUUGUGUCGGUGCUGUGCAUGCAGCGUGCACCCGGUUGUUAAAUAGUCAUUAGUAACCAUCGCUGCGUGUGUGUAGGUACGUGUGCGGCGUGUGUCCGUGUGUGGCUGCAUUGCUGCGUAUUGCCAGCUGCGAGCAAACAUUCCUGUGUACAUAGAACGCACAAGUUAAGCUAAGAACAUCGGAGCCAUUGUAUUUCGUUUGUGCGCAUCACGUUUAUUGCUAUUACGGCCGAUAGAUGGUGCUGCUAUGUCAUUGAGCCAACGAAGAGCUGUACACACGUCUAUGCAUGUGUAUUGUGUUGUGUAUAUGUGUCUGUAUACGUAUGAGUAAUUGAGUAUAUAUAUAUAUAUACUCAAUCUACAUCAGCAGUGCCAUGUACAAAUAUCUUACAAAAACAUUUUUACACAAACUGUUUAGUUGGUGGGUUAGGAAAAACUGGAGAAAUUAGUUCCAAUUUAUGUAUCUCAUCAUUUUUAUUAUUUAGACACAUUCUACAGCAAUGCGCUCGUAAGGCUACUACCCUCACAACAGAACAAGUAAGGGUAGCUUCACCUGCUUUUUCACAUUCACCCUCACACUACUAAACACGUUUUUGUCAUCUUGUAUAAUCUAUCAUCAUCAGGAUGAAUAUUUGCGUUUGACGCAAACGUACUUAAUUUUACCGCAACAUUUUUCAGUCUUGUCCACGCGCGUUUCAAUGAAUAAAGCUGUAGCGAUUCAAGCAACAGAAAUUGUCAUCAA